AGCAACUGAGAGCAAGGUAGUCUCCUGUGCAGCACAGCAGCCGCGCUGCUGCUACCGCCUACGUCAGCGGUGGCACUGCGGCGCAGGGUCGGGCUGCAGCAUGGUGGUGGGACAGAUGCGCAGAAGGAUGCGACACGGGCUGAAGAAAGUUUAAAGAUGCUACACAGAACAGCAGGCUUCACAUGGAGGAAAUAGAGCUGCAACCGAGACGUCGCCUCCUCCUGUGCCUCAGAUGCUUGGACUGUUUUCUUUAGGCUGCGUAAACACACACCGGCCCGUGUGCGUUGAACUCCACGGAUACAGUCCACCUGCAUGAUCUGUGCGUCAGCGUAGCAGCAGCAGGACCCGAGCUGUCACUGGGACAUAUUAACAGGAUCUCACGUCGGCCACAAAGCCUGCAAGAUGAACUUCAAGAACUUGAGGGAGUAUCUGGCCUGGCUGUACUACCAGUACCUGCUCAUCACAGGCAUCUAUGUCCUGGAGCCCUGGGAAAAGUCCAUCUUUAACUCCAUCCUCUUCUCCGCCAUUGCCAUGGUGAUCUACACCUCGUACGUUUUUGUGCCCAUCCACGUUCGCCUGGCACUGGAGUUCUUCUCUGGGCUUUUUGGUGGCCAGCCUGAGAGCACCAUGGCACUCAUGAAUUAAAAGAAGGAGAGAUUAUGGAGGAAACGGGCAGCGACCAGGCUGGAUUAGCAUGGGUUCAGAUCUUUUCCUGGAGCACCUUGUGCUCCUCUUUACACCACAUUGGUCAUGAACCACAGCAUUAAGUCACCUCAACUAGUAGGGACAACACAAAGUUCUUAGUGGAAACAUCUGGAAAUCAGAGCCUUACUAUCUUCCUUACAUCCCAAACCCUCUGGCCCUGCCCCAUGGUAUUAGACACCCACUGCACAUGACUUUUACACUCUUGCUGUGAACUGUCAUGUGAAAUGCUGUUUGUCCUAUUUGUUGUUAUUUUUCUCCCUAUGCAGCAUAUCCUGUGUGAAUGCAUACCACCUCUGGGUUUUGCAUGAUAGGGUAGUAAAUUUGCAAGCUUAUCUUGCUACAGAAUACUACUAGACUUCCUUUCUUUCCAUUAUGACUAUUAAACAACAGUCUUCAGAUUGGGCAUUCCAACACGUUUGGUUAUCACUUAUCACUGAUAAAAGGGGAGUUAGUACUCCCAACAUUUUGACAUGCACUCAGUGAUUGAUCCAUGGUUUGGCAUCAGACAUCAGAGCCACUAUCACCUUUUUGUCGCCUUUAUGCACAGUAACGCUAACUGAGAGGCUACACUGAUUUCAAGUCAUUUUGCAGCUGAUUUUCAAAGAGCGAGCUGGUAGAAAAGCUCGUGCUAUGCAAUGAAUCUCAAAUUGUCAUGAUCAGGGAUCUGUUAUACAGUUGUGCCAAGUCUGCACUUCCUGCUUCCUGAGUGAGUAAUAAAGCAAAACACAGCUCCAAUCUUUGCUGAGCCCUCUGGUUAUCUCUGCUGGUAUGUUAAGAAAAUUUUAACAUGAGUAAAUAUUGAUAAAACACACCUGUGUGUUCUAGGCUUGGCUCUGUUAGUUCAGCUUUACUUAAUCAACAGCUUCUGAACUCAAAGCCAAACAGUUUGCUGUAGGAUGCAAAACACAGUCAAACUGGCCUGAGUGGAACACAAAGUGAGCCUGGCUUUCUUACUUCUGGUUGAUCUGUCGAGAAUGAACUUAAGAGAAAAUGAGUCGUAGCGUAUCUGGUAGUUGUGAUGAGCAUUGCAUUUAGUUUUGUGCUUCAGAUCAUCUUUGAUUAUUUCUGCUUUGGGUCAAGGGCUCGCUGAUUACAAUCUACAGAGGAUCUCUAAGUUAACUAUUUAUAUGGAGUUAUGUACUGUAUUUAUAUA